GUUUCUGCUUUAUGUUUCGCUCGGCGCCCUCUCUCUUUGUCCUUUUUCGGCAGAAGGCGGCGUCGUGAGCUUUAGAAAAGGAGGCCAUGAAGAGGGGGGGGAAGGGCUCCUCAAGGCGGUCACAGGACAUGCAGUCUGUUCUGUUCAACCACCGGAGCCUCGCCAGUGUGGACUCGGUUGUAGUGCCAGAGACGCCCACCAACCUCGCCUGUGCCCGUCCCAGCACUGCCCCGUCCACUUCCAUGAUGUCAGUGAUGGAGACCCCGGAGAAUGAGGUGGGGUGUGGGGCACAGGGCCUGCCCCCCACCCAGUUGAAGGCCCAGGUUGGCGGGAGCACUGGCACUGAGCUCCACGCAGACAGCAGCAGCGACAGGGAUGAGAUCAAUGACUCGACUAUUCUGGACAUCACCCCUGACCUCAAGCUGGGCAAGCGGAGGAACCUCAUGUCCAUCCUGGAGUCAGAGGAUUCCUUUGCCCGCUCACUCAAGUCCCAGCGGACCAAGAACAGUUCCAUGCUCUCAGGCAGCAGCAGCAUCCCGAGGAGGAUGACUUGGGCCUGUUCGUGGUGUCGCCUGUCAGAAGAGUUAAACGCAGGAAGUCAGCAGCCCAUGUGA